GAGAGAGAAGAGAAAGAGAUGGGUAAGGUCGGAGGGGCAACGACGGCGAAGAAGAAAAAAGGCCGUCCAUCGCUCGUAGAUCUCAAAAAACGAGCACUAGAGCAACAAGAAUUGGAAAAUCACCAACAGUCACAACGGAGAUCCGCUCGCCGGAACCCUAACUCCGUGGCUGCUGUAGAUGAUGCAUCUGUUGAUGAAGAUGAGUACUACGAAGACGACGACGAUGAUGAGAGGAAAGAGAAGAAAGUCAAGCUCGUUGUUCGUUUGCCCCAAUUGAAUCAAGAAAGACAUUUGUCAUCGGAUUUAGUUCGAUCUUCAUCGGUUAAUUCGGUGUCUGGUGGUUCUGAUUCGAAUGCUGAUGUUGAUAAUCGCAAAAUUAACUCCGGAUCUGGUGGUAUUCCCAAUCAGCAUCAGGGGGGAAAGGUUCCGAAAGCGAUGGACACUCUGCAUGCAUCACCAUUGGAGGCCGGACCCACAACACCUUUGCCAGACAAAAAGUUGUUGGUGUUCAUUCUUGACAGACUUCAAAAGAAGGACACUCAUGGGGUAUUCUCCGAGCCGGUUGAUCCCAAUGAGCUCCCUGAUUACCAUGAAAUAAUCGACCAACCCAUGGAUUUUGGCACUGUCAGGAGCAAACUUGACAAGGGACUUUAUUCGAAUCUGGAAGAACUGGAGGCAGAUGUGUACUUGAUAUGUUCUAAUGCGAUGCAGUAUAACCCAUCCGAUACUGUUUUCUUUCGGCAGGCGAGAUCUAUACAAGAGUUGGCAAAAAGGGAUUUUGAGAACUUGAGGCAAGAGGGUGACGAUGGUGAGCUGCAACCGAAGGUAGUGAAAAGAGGUAGGCCUCCAAGUAAGCACCUGAAAAAGCCACCUGGCAGACCCCCUUUGGACGUUGUUGGUCCCGAAUCUACCUCAGGUGCCACUCUAGCAACUGCUAUAGACAACCCAAAUGAGUCUACUCCUUACAAUUUAAGAAGAGGACCCAUGGUGUAUAAGCAUCAGGCUGAUGGUUCACAUCCAUCGCAUCGUUCUCGCAAUGGCGAACAACACUCUGAACUUUUAUCAGAUUGGAAUGAAGAGUUUCCAGCUCAAAUUAAGAGGGCUGACAUGAAAUACGGCAACAAACAUUUUAAUAUAGACGAGACCAGGCGUGAUACAUACAAGCAGUUUCAUCCUUCAAACUAUGGUCACAAUCAUUCUCUGCUAUCCAACUUUGGCGGGGAAAGGAAGCAGUUAGUAGCGGUAGGACUUCAUGCUGAGCAUGGUUAUGCUAGAAGCCUAGCUCGAUUUGCUGCUAAUAUGGGCCCUGUUGUGUGGAAAAUUGCUUCGAAAAAGAUCGAGAAAGUUUUACCUCCUGGUGUGACGUUUGCUCCUGGUGUGGUUGGUGAACCCGAACCUUCUCCUCCACCUACGUCAUUUUUCCCAUCCGGGAAUCAAAGUUAUACCCCCAGAUUAGCCAGCGACGAUGUUCUAAACAAACCAGAACCCCCAUCAACUUCAGGUCCAAAGAAUGUUAUUGCCGAGGCUGAAACGAGUGAACCAAAGAUUGAAGUUUCUGCACUAAAAGCCAAUAAACUUCCACCCAACCAUGGUAGAAAUGGUUUGAAUGGUGCAAAUGUUUCCAAAAUGGGAAUGUUUGGUUUAGAGUCGGAUGGACAGAAGGCGACAAUUGGUGGUGAAAUGGGUGGUAAUGGCGGAAAAGCAUCUUGGCAGCAGGUAUCGUCAUCGAACCAUAGACCACCGUUUACAGUUCCAAUUCCACCUGAUCUAAAUGGGUCACCACCAGCACCAGGUUCUGUUGGACUGAGGAUGGGUUCACCUUCAGCUCAGCAGCCAGAUUUAGCAUUGCAGCUCUGAUUCUGUACUGACUGACCCUUGUUGUAUGUUGGCAGUGGAACAGGUGAGGCUUGAGUUGAGGGGAGGGAGGUGGUAUCUUGGUACUACUACAUUUGCAACAGAUGCCAAUGGCUGGAAACUGCUGUGUACAGAUUAACUGUAACUAUAUUUUUCUUGUUUUUCGGGUUUGAAAGCCUAAAAUAUUGAACGAUCUCUUUGUAACCUUGGAUUCAAGAUUGAUCGGAGUAGGAUGAACCUGAAGAAUUGGAAGAAAUAAACAUAGGACGCAUUGUUUUUAGGU